CGCCCUGCGCCUCCCCCCUUCCCGGGUGUGGGUGCCGCGGAUGUAACAUGGCGGCCUCGGGGGCGCGGCGGUGAAGGGACGGGGCUGGAGGCGACGUGGUGGAGAGAGCUGGAGGAGGGAGUGUGAGCAGGGCGAGGGGAACUGCGGACGGUCGUGCUCAAGAGGGACUGGAGCUGAUGAUGCCUGGCUUGUGACAACGUAAAUCAUCCUGAAACGCAAUGUCCCUGUUGUUCACCCGUUCCAACUCAAUAGUUGCAGUGAAGAAGGAUAAAAGACACAUGGCUGAGGUAAAUGCCUCUCCACUUAAACAUUUUGUCACUGCAAAGAAGAAAAUCAAUGGUAUCUUUGAACAGCUGGCUGCAUACAUCAGUGAGAGCUCCUCAUUCCUGGAAGAAACACACAGGAACGUAGAGCUUGAUCCUGUCACUACAGAAGAGCAGGUACUGGAAGUCAAAGGCUACUUGUCAAAAGUCAGUGGCAUCAGUGAAGUGUUGGCAAGGAGACACAUGAAAGUUGCUUUUUUUGGAAGGACAAGCAAUGGGAAGAGCACAGUGAUAAAUGCCAUGCUCUGGGACAAAGUCCUUCCCUCAGGAAUUGGACACACCACUAAUUGUUUCCUGCGUGUGGAAGGGACAGAUGGGCACGAAGCUUUCCUGCUGACUGAAGGCUCAGAGGAAAAGAAGAGUGUUAAGACAGUAAACCAGCUGGCUCAUGCCCUUCACCAAGAUGAACUUCUGAAUGCUGGCAGCCUUGUCAGUGUGAUGUGGCCUAAUUCCAAAUGUCCUCUCUUAAAGGAUGAUCUGGUGCUGAUGGACAGCCCUGGCAUUGAUGUGACCACAGAGCUGGACAGCUGGAUUGACAAAUUCUGCCUCGACGCCGACGUGUUUGUCCUGGUGGCAAAUUCUGAGUCAACAUUGAUGCAAACCGAGAAGCAGUUCUUCCACAAGGUGAAUGAACGUCUGUCUCGACCCAAUAUUUUUAUUUUAAACAACCGCUGGGACGCGUCUGCCUCUGAGCCAGAGUACAUGGAAGAGGUGCGGCGGCAGCACAUGGAGAGGUGCACCAGCUUCCUGGUGGAUGAACUGGGAGUGGUGGAUCGAGCCCAGGCUGGGGACCGAAUUUUCUUUGUGUCAGCAAAAGAAGUGCUGAAUGCCAGGAUUCAGAAGGCUCAGGGGAUGCCAGAAGGAGGUGGAGCACUGGCAGAUGGAUUUCAAGUCAGAAUGUUUGAGUUUCAGAACUUUGAGAGAAGGUUUGAGGAAUGCAUCUCACAGUCAGCAGUCAAAACAAAGUUUGAGCAGCACACAGUGAGAGCAAAGCAGAUUGCAGAAGACAUUCGUCUGAUCAUGGAUUCUGUGCAUGUUGCUGCCCAGGAGCAGAGAGUUUACUGCCUGGAAAUGCGAGAGGAGCGACAGGACCGUUUGGGGUUUAUUGACAAGCAGCUGGAGCUCCUGACUCAAGAUUAUAAGAAGAAAAUAAAACAGAUCACAGAGGAAGUGGAGAGGCAGGUGUCCAAUGCCAUGGCAGAAGAGAUCAGGAGGCUUUCUGUGCUGGUAGAUGAAUACCAAGCAGACUUCCAUCCAUCUCAAGUAGUUCUUAAAGUUUACAAGAGUGAGCUGCAUAAACACAUUGAGGAGGGCCUGGGCCGUAACAUGUCUGAUCGUUGCUCCAAUGCAAUCACAGCUUCCCUGCAGACAAUGCAGCAAGAAAUGAUAGAUGGUUUAAAACCCCUCCUGCCAGUCUCUCUGCGGGGCCAGAUAGACAUGUUGGUUCCCCGCCAGUGCUUCACACUCAGCUAUGAUCUGAACUGUGACAAGCUUUGUGCUGACUUCCAAGAGGACAUAGAAUUCCAUUUCUCUCUUGGAUGGACGAUGCUGGUGAACAGGUUUUUGGGACCAAAGAAUGGUCGUCGGGCCUUGAUGGGCUAUAAUGACCAGAUCCAACGCCCUUUAACACCAGCAAAUCCCAGUCUGCCCCCUUUGCCUCAGGGCUCCAUGACCCAGGAGGAGCUCAUGGUGUCAAUGGUGACUGGAUUGGCCUCCCUGACUUCCAGAACUUCCAUGGGGAUCAUCGUGGUUGGUGGUGUGGUCUGGAAGGCUGUGGGCUGGAGGCUGAUUGCUCUCUCUUUUGGCCUCUAUGGGCUGCUUUAUGUGUACGAGCGCCUCACCUGGACCACAAAAGCCAAGGAGAGAGCUUUCAAAAGGCAGUUUGUGGAGUAUGCUGGGGAGAAGCUGCAGCUCAUUGUCAGCUACACAGGUUCCAACUGCAGCCACCAAGUCCAACAAGAGCUUGCUGGAACGUUUGCUCAUUUGUGUCAACAAGUGGAUGUCACACGGGAGAAUCUUGAGCAGGAAAUUUCUGGCUUGAAUAAAAAAAUUGAGGUUCUGGAUUCACUGCAGAGUAAAGCAAAACUGCUCAGGAAUAAAGCAGGUUGGCUUGACAGUGAACUCAACAUGUUCACACAUCAGUACCUUCAGCAAAGCAGAUAGUGUGGGAAGAAGGAAAACCAACAGUUUCCUGUCAGUGCUCUCUUAAAUACUGCAGAGAACAUGGUGGGUGAUGGAAUUCCCUAGAGGGAAUGAGCAAGAGCCUGUUGCUGCAUUCCCAGUUGCUGUGUGAACAGUAGGAUUCUGCUUCCUCCUUUGUGUCCCACCUCUAAACACUAGCUGUUUAUAACUCCUCUUGUUCCUCCUUGUGAGACCAGGCUACCAGAGAAGGAAUGUGUGCCUCAUACAUUAACAGGGGGCUUUUUAAGGCAAAAUGAAGUACAGUAACAGAUUUAAGAUGUUUUUCAGGUUCAAAGUUAUUAACACGUCUUUAUGGACAUUCAUUUUGCUACGUGCAGACAGAACUUCUGAUGAACUUGGCCAAGCCCCAGGUGUAUGUGUGUGUGACAAGCAGCUGUUUGCCUAAACACAGAUCCCAGGGCACACAGCAGAUGUACUGAUGGUUUCACAAUGCGUUUAUAGCCCAGGCCUGUCUCCUAGGUUAAUAUUCUGUUACCAUAGACCAGGACAGAGAAUCACUGUGUCCCUUCAUAGGAAGCUUUAGUACUCUCAGUGUGUUUAAACCUAGGAACAAAACCCAGUUCUCUUCCAGAGCAAGAGGGACUAAGAGAUUUUGCUUUGGUGAGCUUAUUGUCUUUGGGAUCAGCUUCUUCCUCUAAGAGCACUUUAAUAAAUGCAGCCUGGCCCGUUUCACAUCACAGACAAAUAGUUUGCACUGACAUAACUAGUGAAGAGGUAGUGCUGGUAACUUGACAGCUUGUUGAGGAAGAACAAUAGGAAAGGAAAGCCAGUUGACAGAAUGUAGUGAACUGCUUUAUGAGAUAAAGUUGAUGAGUGUGGUUUUUUGGAAAUGCACAGCUGUUUCUAGAAGCAGGCCUUUGGAAUUCCAUUACCACUAUUUGGCCACAAGAACAGCAUGUGGAUUACAAGCUGGAAGAGAUUUUGCUUCAUGUAGAGUUCCCAUAGGAUGUUACAGUCCAUGCAGUAAUAUGAUUUGAUGUUGUUUCUCUUCUGUUCAAAGUAUGAGAAGGAGCUGGCAGGUGCAGCUUCUCUGGAGCAGGAGGGACACUUGUCCCUUGUAUUUUGUGCCAGGGCAAGAAUGGGUCAAGGCAACUUGUUUUUUUUCAAAGAUUUUUUUUUUUUAGUGGAUGAAAUACUGAAUCUUGCCCUGAAGCACUUCUGAAUUGGGAGUGUAAGAUCUGGGAAUUGUAAGGACUUGAGUCCCUGUUGGAAUUGAUGGAGGAGAAAUUUCCACUGGUUGAAGAAGUACCAGGAUUAGGUUCCUAUGUUGCAGUUUCUUUCCCACCUAGUGGGUCAGUAUUAUGCCAGGUUUUGGGUAUAACCUUUCUGUUCCCCACAAAAUGUCUGAGGAAUCCAGGAUCAGACCCUGUAGUUUUGAGGUUGGUGGCAGGUCCCAGCUGAAUUCAGAACUACUCUGAGUGGUUAUUUUUCUUCCUAUUGACAGUGAGACUUUUCACUUAAAAAUGAUAUCAGCUGGCCCUAGGCUUUCUUGUUCAUGCUCAGGUGUCUGUGACAGGUCCCCUCUUUCCUGUCUCACAGAAGUUGCAGAAAGAAGCAGCUGCCUGACUCUUGAGGGAGUAAAAAUAGUGGAAUAUCUGGAAGUAUUUCAGAUUGGGUUAUGAUUUGAAGUAAGACUUGAAGUGUCUGGAUCAUGUAGGAGCUGGCAGUGGGACUUGUCCUGUCCCUGGAAUGCAGGAAGCAAAACCUUUCACUGCUGGGAGACAGCUCUGAAUCCCACCCAAGCAUUUUCACCACAGGGUUUUCUCAGGCAAUCUUGGGUCAGAUCUGAGGAUGAGUAAGAAAGACAUUUCAGUCUUUUCCCCUGGAGAGGGGUUUUCUAGGCUUGUGGUGAAUCAGACUGAAGAGGAAUCAUCAUCCAACUGCUGGAUGGUAAAUAAAUGAAGGUCUCUAGUCUGAAGCCAUCACACAGACGUUUGUAAUAGGCUCUGUAUUGUGCUGAAAUGAAAUAUUAUUAAGCUCAUCCCUUGUACACCAGGACAUUGUCAGGUCCAGGUAGAGGGAGGUGCUGGUGUAACACUGCUCAGCAGCUCUGAGCUACCUGAAAUGCUGACCUUGCUCUGGACCCUGUGUGCCUCCUGUGGGCUUUAGGGGAAAUCUGAUACCUGAGCUUUCCCCUUUCUGUAAAGGGGAAGAUUGAUGAGUUCUUGAUGAGUUCUUACAAUCUGGUGUCUUGCCACUGUGUGUGUUUCUGUUCAGGCUUUGGUGAUGCAUCCUCACUGUAGUGCUGAACCCCAACCUGUAAAACAGGGGAAAAGACACACAUUUUUUAAGCAGCAAACCUGCCACUGUGGCAGAAGAGUUUUUAAUCCUGUGUAAUCCUUGUCCCUAGAAGCCCAAGUGAUCAAGAAUAGAAUUUUUAACAGAAAGGCCUGUGAUUCCUCCUCAGCACAACCCAGCUGUGCUUCUUUAAUUCAGAGUGGUGGAGGAAUGGACACUAUCAGCCAGGAGACUGCUCUCUCCUUUUCUUAAAGCCUGAUAAGCUAAUCCUUGGAAAUCCCCAAACCAAUCUUCCUCAAACUCUUUAUUAAAGAAGGUCAGCUAAAUGCACUUUAUCUUAUUGCUGCUAUUUAUUUUCCUCUGUGUAAUGUUGAUGGAACUCUUUGAAAUGCUCUUACCAGUGAGUUUUCUCUCUGCUGUAUUUAAGGUGAUAAAUUUGCAUGAAUUAUUCCUGUAUCAAUGCUGUAAACAACAGAAACCAAAUAAAAGUUAAUUGGAAAAAUAUUUCUGCUUGUCCAGA